AAAACAUAGAGGGCAGCAAAUUGCGGACGUCUUGCUGCUGCAGCUGUUGCGUUGCAACCAUGAGUAAAUUUUACUGCAAAAUAUAAGUUUUUAUCAAUCAGAUGUGAAAUGAUGAAGGAGCAAUGAGGACGAAAUUGCGAUACGUUUUCCUGAUAGGAACCGCUGUCCUGGUGAUGUGUUUCAUCUACCUACAUUCUGGUUUAAAACAACCCGAUAUUGAUGCGGGAGGAAUAGAUGCUGACUCGGCGCAGAGAAGGAAACCAGCCUAUGUUAACAAUGGAAGGCAGGACCACAUUUACCACAGGAGACAAGACAAUGACCCGAUGGACAACCAAGGUCUGGAGGUCGAAUAUGACCGAGACAACCGGGACAAAGAAGAUGUAGGAGGUGACGAAGAAAGCAACCAACCCUCAGAUGAAGGAGACGAGAAGGGUGGAGCUGCAGGGGAUACACUACCAAGACCAGACACUAUUCUAGAUGAUGGUCCAGCAAAGGAGGAGAAGGUGGAGGAUCGCCGGAGGACAGAAUCGAAGGGGAAGCUGACUUUCAAAGGAGUGGCUCCUGAUGAUGAUCCAAUCGCACGGUUCCAUUGGAACCGCAAAAACCCUGGAGCUGAGCAGGUGGUGCCUCCGGUUGGUUUGGCUCCAGGGAAGUGCACACCGAAGACUAACAUCACCUUCCUCAAGGUCCAUAAGACGGGCAGCAGUACGGUGCAGAAUAUAUUCCUUCGGUACGGUGACCAACACUCCUUGUCCUUUGUUCUUCCGGUGCAGGGCCAUCACCUCGGGUAUCCUAAUUUCUUUGAGAAAAAGCACAUGCUCAAGGUCAAGAAUGAUGUCUACAACAUCUACUGUCAUCAUUCCCGCUUCAGCAACGAUGUCCGAGAGGUCAUGCCGCCGAAUUCCGUCUUCAUCAGCAUCCUUCGCGACCCAGUCAAGGUUUUUGAGAGUGCUUUCACCUACUUCAAGCUCGACAUGCGGAUGAAGAUGGCUGGCAACAAGGAUGCGAUGAAACUCUUCAUGGACAACCCGAACAAGUUCUACAACGACUUUCCCAACAAGAUACACUCGCGGAACGGGAUGCUCUAUGACUUUGGCGUUCAGCUGUCGCAAUUCGAUGACCUAACGUUUAUCAGUCGUGCAAUAUCCAUGAUAAACGAUCAGUUCCAUUUGAUCAUGAUUGCGGAGUACUUUGACGAGUCUUUGAUCCUCCUGAAAGAGCUUCUUUGUUGGAAGAUGGAAGAUGUGAUAGUUUUCAGCCAAAACGCAAGAAACGUUGAUUCGGUGCAGUCUGUCGACAAUGACAUGCGCACUAAAAUCCAGUCAUGGAACUCUGGCGAUAUGCUCCUUUAUAACUUCUUCAACAAAACGCUGUGGGAAAAAAUAGAGAGGUAUGGUCAUGAGCGGAUGAAGCGGGACAAAGCAGAGUUAAAAAGAAAAACCAAGUCUCUUUUUGAUAAUUGUAUUUCAACAAGUACUGCCCCAAGAGAAAAGGGGGAUUUUAAGGUUUGGCAGCCUCCGGGCGUCAACAUCAAUGCCUUUGUCUUGCGCCCCGAGGCCAAGGGAAAUAAACUAUGUGAGAACAUGAUUAAACCUGAAAUACAAUAUACCAUGGAGCUGAAAGUGAAACAGUUCCCGGAAAUGAACUUUAAUACUAGGGUUAAGAAUAAACGAGUCCCGUCUAACAUGAUGGGGGGAUUCAAAAGAUCUUGAUAGAAUUGUAAAUUUUACUCUCCAUUUGCGCAUAUUGACAGAGACAACCAAAAAAAACACCAAGAACAAUGUACUUUGUCAAAACUCGGAGCCACUUUUUUCCUGCAGGAAUUCAGCAAGCAGCUUCUCAUUUUAAUACCAAUCAUUUCAUUUAGACAAUGAAAUGGGGAACAGAUGAAAGCUGCAGCGAAAAAAAUGCGUAGUGGGAUUCCUGGGGAGGCGUGAUAGUUCAUUCGUUCGAGCGGGGGUUUCGGAUUCUGAUGACCCAGGUUCGAUUCCCACUGUGAUAGUGCCCUAGUGCCCGUAAAGACAAUAAUCCUCAUUACCAGGUCCCUUUGAGAGGAUCUUUACACACUGUGUACACUUCGUUAAAUUAUUUUGCUCUCUUCUAGUACUUUGUUUCAUACUUUGGUUUGUGUCCAAACAAUAUCAACUGGAAUAUAUUCACUUGGCUUUGGAGCUUUUAAAUGUGUAAAAGUGCUCCCACAAUCAUCCUGCAAUUUCAAAAAAUCAAUCAGGGAACAAUCGGGAUAAAAAUAUCCUGUGUUGAAUAAUGAAUGUUUUAAUAUUGUUAUGAAUUAUUAUUUCUUUAAAUGUGCUUAACCCUAAUAGCGCAGGGUUGCAAUGUAUUUUCUAUUUUAUGAACUUCUCAGAUGUUGGACAUUGAUUCGUUGUUAUAUUUGUUGAUGAUGCAUCAUUCAAAAAGUAUACAGGGAUGGGAUUUUUAUAGGAGGAAAUGCUGCAUCUGGAAACCGACAUGUAAAUGUAACAUAUUGUACAUGUACAUGAAUGAAUGGGGGGGGGGAUAAUUGUAAAAAAUCAUGAAUGCAAAAUUUAUAUACAAACAUGUACAUGUAUAUAUGAUAAUUUCAUGUUCUAGCAGCGUAGGAAAUAUGUUAAGAUGAUGGGCAAUUUUGCCCUCAUGACUGCCCUACUUGCCCCUAAAAUUUCACAAAAAUGCAUACUUUGGGACAGCCACUCUUUCUAGAUUCGCUCCAAGCUCUUUAAAAAUCAAUAGUCAAGAUUAUUUAGAAAAUAAAUAUUCUAACUCGAGAGAUAUACAUAUAUGGCAGAAUAAUGAUAUUUGCUUUUAUUCUGCAUAAUUGCUUGUUACCCCUAAAAAGUAGCCUUUAAAAUGAAAGAAACAACUCCCAAAAUUGUUCAAUCACCCUAAUGUGGAAAUAAAGAUGGGGCCCCCCAAAAAUAGAAAUCAUUUCCUACCCUGUUUUUAGAAUCCUAUUUAUAUAAUGUACGGUAUGCACUGUACCUACACUGUACAUAUGUAUUCUGAUAAUUUGCCCCUCAGUGAAUUAUUUUGCUGCAAGUCUCUACUACUCCGUAGCAAAUGACCAAACGGUUUCUGUUCAUCCAGGCUUGAAGAAUUUUUAAACAAAUAUUUCUAAAUUGCCCAUGAUAGAAUACUUUUUAAAAAAAAUCUACAUUGACUUGUGCAUUCCUACAUGUACGUCAUUAUAUGAAAGAAGAUAUUUUGGUGUACCCUCAGAAUUUCUUAGUACAUCUACACACAUGUACAUGUACACAACCUUGCUGUUUCAUUAUUUAGAUUUUUUCCUAAAAGCUUGUUUGCAUGUACAUUAUUUACGUGUAUGCUAUGAUGCAUGUACACUGCACAUCCUCACACAAGCUAGGUACAAAGUAUGCAAAAUUCAAACAAUUUUCCUCAGGAACUUGGUUGCUAUGUAACUUACAUGUACACAAUGAAAGCCACGAGUGAUCCUGGUUGGAAGCCCGAUACUCUUGAUUAAAUUACGAGAUCUAAUAGGCAUAUUGUUUUUCACUUUGUUGCUCGUCUUGCACGUAGCCAACCAGGGGCUGUUGCAUAAAACUUUUUACCUGAGAAAAUUCAGGAAUUUUUUACCGCAGUUUUUACCCUGUGUUAAAGUCAAUGGCAGAAAUCAGACUUCCCUUUCUUUUUAGUUUUUACCAGAGUUUUCUCAGGUAAAAAGUUUUAUGCAACAGGCCCCAUGUCUGCUGGCUCUUAAAUGAUUGAAACUUGUGGUGGCCCCCAUUACACAAAACUUUGCAAUCAAUUCCUUUGUGCAAAUGUGUGAGAGAGGGAGCAGUCUGGCUCAUAAAAGCUUCUAGGGGCAACACAGCACAAAACUUUGCAAUCAAUUACACUGCACAAAUGUAAGAUAGCACUCUGGCUCAUUGAACCUUCUCGGGGCCUCUUUACACAGAUUCGUGCUGAGAUCAAUUGCCUUGUUCAAAUCUGAGACAGCAAUACUGAUAAUAAUGGUAUUUUAUCUUGAAAUUGUCCCCCAACUAAAUAAUUGCCCCUAAUCCCCCCUCCACAUUUGUCAUUCAUGUCCUGUAGUUGACUUCUUUAUUACUGUACAUUAUGUACCGGUAUGUGUAUAUAAUUCUGCAAACUACAGAAGCUACUUAUACCUUCCAUUGGUAUAACUGAGUAGGCAGUUCUUUUUUUUUAGUUUGACAUAUUUGCACAUGCUUUUAUUAUUCAUUAUUAAAGAAAGAUUUUGCUUGGCUGUCAGAUAGCUGUGCCAUAACAUGGUAUUUAAGACAAAAGAUGGAAAGGGCAACUCAUUUGCCAUUAAUCUUAAGUCGGUACAAUCAUGGUCAAGCUCUGCUGUGUACUACAAUUAAAGAAAGCCAUGAAUGUCAAAAUUUUGUUUACAUUUUUAUAAUAUGUUUACUGUCCUCCUUUCUAUUACUUUAAUGGUGAAAACAGUGACACAAUAUUUGCUCCAGGCUUUAUUUCGUUUAUUAAAGGUAUAGGUUUAGUGUUGCAAUAGGGUUUUAUGUUUAGGUUUAGGAUAUGGUAUAAAAUUCGGGGUUGAAGUUGGUUGUUCCAUUAGUGUGUGGGAUUUACAGCAGAGCAGUUGUCGCUGGAGAAAAUGUCAUGGAACAGGUGAAAACAACUAUCUACAAAUAUACCCUUCUCAGACAGAUAAAAUUGAUUGGAGAUUCAGAUGAGCUGCUACAUUGAAUCUCUAAUGUUCGAAAUUUAUGUCACAGUUGGCCAUCCAUAGUUGAACCACACCUUUAGACCAGAGUUUAAAUUGAAUCGGAGUUGAGAAUACGGGUCUUCUUGGUGUCAAACCUUUUUCGUCAGAUCAGGGCCCCGUUGCACAAAAGUUACGUAUAUGGUAUUACUUUGCCAUCCAAUGGUAACUGCAUGGUAAUGCCGAUCACCAACCAAUCAAAAUCAAGGAUUCCAGACAAGUUACCACAAUGGAAACUUUCAUGCAACGAGGCCCGGAAUAUUCUGGCAUCGAUGCUCACAAACUUGCCGUUUUCAAAGCCCAUAGGAUCCCUGUAAAACUAAAAAACUGAUGAAAACUGUAGUGCGAUAUUCAUCACAAUCAAGAACAUGGAGCUUUUCACAAAACAGAUGGUCAGUGACAUUAUGUAUAAGCUACUGCAAAGCCAUGAAUCUGAUUGGCUUAGAGCAAAACAGUAUGUGAAAAUCACUGACA